UCGGGAUGAGUCUUCCUUCUGCAGAGAUGUCUGGAAUGGGGCAAUAGAAGCGAUAACGUGGAAGGAGGGCGGCGUGUCUGCUUGGUCCGCUGGGUGACACCUGUGGGAUCUGGAGCUGUCACUCAGGGCAGGGUCAUCUAUAAUCCGGAGGCCGGGGCUGGUCGGCUACGUGUAUACGAUCUCAGGACAGGAAAGUUUCCCGGGAUCCAGACUGUCUACAACUGGGAUGUGUAGGAAAGUCCGGGUGAUGCGGGAGCUCUGGCCGUGAGCGCUGGAUGUCUGCGGGAGAUGUGGAGCGGUGACUCCUGAAGCCCGAGCUCUCCACCCGCUGCCAUGGCGCUGAGUAAAGGGCUGAAGAUUCAGGUGAAGCCGGAUCCGGCUUGUUACAGCGUCCUGCUGGAGUCCCGCCAUAGGGAGGACUGUCUGCUCUUCGAGUCCGGAACCAUCGCCGCUCUCACACCUGAUGAAAAGGAAGCAAUUAAAGGGCAAUAUGAGAGACUUCAGGAAGCAUAUGGAUGCCUAGGGGUGCUUCAGUUGAAAUCAGGGAAUUCUCGGUUGCACUUUCUUGUCUUGGUAAGCGGCUGCACCUCCGUUGGAAGAAUUUUAGAUGCUGAGGUUUACAAAAUCACAUCCAGUGAAAUCUGUCCACUACAAGAGGAAACCAGAGAGGAGGAACGGGUCACAGCUCUCAGGAAGAUACUGAAUUCAGGGAUGUUUUAUUUCUCUUGGCCAAAUGCAGGAUCACAUUUUGACCUCACCAUUCGAGCCCAAAUUCAAGCUGACAAAAGAGGUUAUGAACCUGAAAACUGGUUCUUCUGGAACCGUCUUUUGCACGUUCCUUUGAAACACUAUCAAGUCAGUUGCUCAGAUUGGCUGUUGAAGGUCAUCUGUGGAGGAGUAGAAAUCCGUACUGUCUAUGCCUCACACCGGAAAGCAAAGGCUUGCCUUAUCUCGCGCAUCAGCUGUGUACGAGCAGGAACCAGGUUCCACAUCCGUGGAGUGGAUGAUGAUGGACACGUUUCUAACUUUGUUGAAACUGAGCAGACAAUCUAUGUGGAUGAUGAUGUUUCCUCCUUUGUACAAAUCAGAGGAUCUGCCCCAUUAUUCUGGGAGCAACCAGGGCUGCAAGUUGGCUCUCAUCAUCUUAAAAUUACUAGAGGACUAGAAGCUAAUGCACCAGCUUUUGACAGACAUAUGAUGUUACUGAAGGAACAAUAUGGCAAGCAAGUCAUUGUUAAUCUGCUGAGAAGCAAAGGAGGUGAAGAAGUUUUAAGUCGUGCCUUUAAGAAACUACUGUGGGCAUCUUUACAUGCAGAAGAUGUUCCCAUGAUAAAUUUUGAUUACCACCAGCUUGUGAAAGGAGGAAAAAUUGAAAAACUUGAGCACCUACUAAAACCUCAGCUGAAGCUGAACAUCGAAGAGUUUGGCAUCUUCACCAAAGGAGAGAACCUACCAAAACGUUUACAAAAUGGGACCUUUCGCAUCAACUGUCUGGACUGUCUACACCGCACUAAUGGUGUUCAAGCCUACAUCGCACUUGAGGUUCUACGGACCCAACUUGAGAGUCUUGGAUUGGUUGAUAUGAAGUCUGUGGUUGAUCGCUUUGAUGAGUCUUAUAAAUCUAUGUGGUCUGUGAAUGGCCACAACCUCAGCAUGAUAUUUACUGGAAGUAGAGCUCUGGAGGGUAAAGCUAAUGUUGGAAAACUCAAAGAUGGAGCUCGUACAGUUUCUAGGACAAUACAGACAAACUUCUUUGAUGGUGCAAAGCAAGAAGCUAUUGAUCUGCUUCUCAUGGGAGAUUUCUAUAGUGAUGAAUAUGCAGACAAAGGGCGGAUGUUAAUGGACAGUUCUGCUCUGCUUGUGAAUCCAAGUGUUUUAAAGUCCAUGUCAGAACGUCAGUUUGAGUUUACAAAUUUUAAAAAGACUCGUGUUGCUGUGGGAACCUGGAACAUAAAUGGAGGAAAGCAGUUCCGAAGCAAUGUCCUCAGCACAAGUGAGCUCACUGACUGGCUACUGGAUGCUCCCAAACUAUCUGGACUUCCUGAUUUUCAGGAUGGUGAUGGUGGCCCCCCAGACAUAUUUGCUGUAGGAUUUGAGGAAAUGGUUGAACUAAAUGCAGGAAACAUUGUUAGCACAAGCACAAAAAAUAGAAAAGUGUGGUCUGAGCAGAUACAGAAGGCCCUCUCCAGAUCACAUCGGUACAUAAUGCUGACCUCUGCACAACUUGUUGGAGUCUGCCUUUUUAUUUUUGUUCGGCCAUACCACAUGCCAUUCAUCAGAGAAUUGGCAGUGGACACUGUAAAGACUGGUAUGGGAGGCAAAACUGGGAACAAAGGAGCAGUAGCCGUACGCUUUCAGUUCUACAGUACAAGUUUUUGCUUUAUAUGUAGUCAUUUUACUGCUGGACAAACCCAGGUGAAAGAAAGAAAUGAGGAUUACAAAGAGAUUACCCAGAAAUUAAGCUUCCCCUUGGGGAGACAUGUAUUUUCCCAUGAUUAUGUGUUCUGGUGUGGAGACUUCAAUUAUCGGUUGGAUCUCACGUACGAAGAAGUAUUCUACUUUAUCAAACGUCAGGACUGGAAAAAACUGCUCGAGUUUGACCAACUUCAGCUUCAAAAGUCUAAUGGAAAAAUAUUUAAAGACUUCUAUGAAGGUACAAUCCACUUUGGACCAACUUAUAAGUAUGACAUUGGAUCAGAAGCUUAUGAUACAAGUGAAAAGUGCAGAACUCCAGCUUGGACAGACAGAGUAUUAUGGUGGAGAAAGAAGUUACCAUUUGAGAAAUCAGCUGGGGAUAUUAAUCUUCUGGACAAUGACUUGGAUUGGAGUUCUAAAGUAAAGCACACAUGGAGUCCGGGUGCCCUGAUGUACUAUGGGAGAGCAGAGAUUCCAUCAUCUGACCAUAGACCUGUGUUAGCCAUUGUGGAGGUGGAAGUUCAGGAGGUGGAUGUGGCAGCGAGAGAGGAGAUAUUUCAGGAAAUCUCUUCAUCCCAGGGUCCCCUGGAUGCCACAGUUGAAGUCCACAUUGAUUCUCCGACAUCUGAAGAGAAAGCAGAGUUUCCUGAAGAUCUAAGUUCAGAGCUUGUGGAACGAUUUCAGAAUCAUGGGACAGCUGUCCUUGUACGGUUAAUAGGAGGGCAAAUGAUGGUUACAUUUGCUGACAGCAGGGCGGCAUUAAGAGUUCUUGAUCUAGAUGGCUUAAAGGUUCAAGGCAAAACAGUAAGAGUGAGACCAAAGACAAAAGAUUGGCUGAAGGGGCUCCAGGAAGAAAUUGUAAGAAAUAGGAAUAGUAUGGUACUCCUGUCACCAAAUGCCAACUCCUCUCUUUUAGAAGAACAUUUUGAUUUUUCUAGUCUUGACUAUGAGUCAGAAGGUGACAUAUUGGAUGAUGAUUCUGAUUACAUGAUGCCUCCCCACCUUGUGACUGACAAAUCAGCAGAUGAUGAUGUGUCCCAUGGGAAUAAUCAGCUUUGUACAGCACAAGCCACAGGAUCAAGUAAAGUGGCUAGUGCAAAGAAAUCACAUUCGUUUAAAGAUGCAGAGAUAUCUGCGUUAAAAAAGGAGCUCCAGGAUAUUGGGGAAGUGCGCUCACGCUCCCCUAGCAGGUCACUAUCUGUUCCCGCCAGGCCUCGUUCACGUCCACCACAGAGACCACCACCUCCAAAAAACAGCAUUCCGACGCCUGUUCAGCAAUCGGUUAAGCUUCUCCCUGGUUCACCGCAUCAUCCUCCAAAAGACAGAUCUGGGAUUAGUAAACCUUAUAAUGUAAAGCAGAUUAAAACUACGACAGCACAAGAAGCAGAAGAAACCAUUAAAUGGCUCAUGGAGUCUGGAAAAGAAAAACAAGAUGAAGAUGUAAAAACUGGACUGCAUCGCAAUCAGAGUUUUCCUAAAGCAGAAGCCAAAUUGAUAUCCCUCAGGGUGCCACAUGGUUGCUCACUAGAUGCGGAGGCAGUGCUGGUCCCACAUAGACCUCCUCCAAAGGUUCCUAGUUCUCGACCAAUUGCAAAUCAAAGAACCACUGUAAAUACUGAAUUAAAUCAAGAACAGAAAACAGAACAGUUUCACCACCCAGGUGCAGAACCUCCUAAACCAGUGGGUCAUGGGGGAAUCUCAGACAGUGGAUUACCAUUGAGACCUCCACCCAAAGUUCCUCCCAAACCAAAACCUGAGCCAUGUGUAAAUUUAGUUGAUUUAAAUAUCAAUCUGAUAGCAAAACUAGAUUUGGGAAGUGAAGACCUGAUAACAUUAGAUCUCAUAAAUGAGCAAACAAAUAAAGAUGCAAACCACAUCACAUUAAAUAAAGAAGAAUCUGCAGGUUCGGGAUAUUCACUUCAAGUCCCUGAAACUUCUGAGUCCAUUAAGAAAUUGGAUGUGAACAUUGAGCAUCAUCAAACACCACUUCCAGUCUUGAAGACAGAGUUGCAACCAGGUACAAGUACUUCUACUCCCUCAACUGUUUCUGUGACACCUCAAACAAAGGCAAAAAUAAAUGCUACAGAUAAUGGCGACAUUCCAAAAAUACGUCCAGUACCAAAACCAAGAACGGCACCACCUUCACAGAUUGUGAAAUCUCAGGAAAUGAAACCGAGUGAUGAGGCAACUUCUACUACUCAAACUAUUGUUACGUCGGAGGAGAUGUCAAACAAUUCUUUUCCACCAGCAGUUCCCCCUCGAAGAAAAAAGUCUGCACCAGCAGCUUUCCACCUUCAGGUGUUACAAAGUAUGAAGAGUUUGUCUCAAGAAGAUGGAGUGUCAAAUAAGAAUAAUAACAACAGUUCCAGUGAAGGAACUUCAGUGAAUGUAGAACUUUUUUAUGGGACUGCAAGCACAAAGGAUAAUUGUGAUCACCAAAACAAUUAUACCAAACUACUGGAGCCACAAAGAAGCUGGUCUUCUGAAGGGACAGUUUGUGUUGAGAGUUUAUUUCAGUCCCCAAACCCUGGUACUUCCACAGAGCAGUUUACCAGCAAUGAUAAUGAUAUGUUUCAAAAUGAGGGGGAAAAAACUAAUGCAAUCCCCAAAGAAAAUUGUGAAUCUCCAUAGUGACCUGCAAAUAUUUCAAAUGAACUGUAAAGGACAUGUUAAAGAGCAGAGCUCUUCAAAACAUUCAUAAAUACUACAUCUAUUUAACAGUUUCAGUUUAUUAAUACGGAAGGCUUUCCGUUAGUUUUAGUAGUGUAGGGAGAUAUUUUUCUAAGGACCAUAAUAUUUCCGUCCAGUGAUUCCAUUGAAAAUGCUGCAGGCAGCCUUACGCUUUCAUUGCUUUAAAUCAAAAGGUUUAAAAGGGCCAGAAUGGCAUAAAAAGUAAGUGGUGGUAAUCCUCUCUCAUAUCCCCUGUUGCUUCUGUUUUGGUGCUUUCAUGCAGUCUCUUCUUCCUCAGCCAAUCACUAACUUAGGCAGACCAACGCUGUGCUUGGUGGUUAGCUGAGAGGUCUUCCUGUUAGAGGGACCAGGGAGUAGUGACCAGAAGAGACCUGGAAAGGUUUGGAGCAGAGUUGGUGAGAAAAAAAUUGAUAAU